CAACCCAAACCAAGCCCACGCUCGUCGAGCUGCUUUGUCUCCGCCGCCGCCGACGACGAGCACCACACCCGCAGCCGCAGAUCUGAGAGAGCCAGCGAUCGAGAGAGAGAGAGAGAGAGUGAGAGUGAGAUCGGCGAAGAUGGCAGGGAGGCUGACCGCGAUGGGGUCCCGCGUCCUGGGCGGCCACGGCGCGGCCGCGCGCGCCGCCGCCUCCGCGCUCCGCAACCGCGCCGGCAUGGGCCUCCCCGCCGGCAGGCACAUCGUCCCCAACAAGCCCCUGCCGGAGAACGACGAGCUGGUGUGGGACAACGGCACGCCCUUCCCGGAGCCCUGCAUCGACCGCCUCGCCCCUCACAUCGGCAAGUAUGAGGCGCUGGCCUGGCUGUGCGGAGGGCUGAGCUUCUUUGCAGUUCUUGGCUUGGCUGCCGUUGUGAAUGACAAGGCUUCCAAGAUUCCAUUUACUCCAAAAGUCUACCCGUUCGACAAUUUGAGAGUGGAACUUGGUGAUAGAUCAUAGAAGACUAGCUUCUCCUCUUCAAGUGUCGCAAGGAAGUGAACUUGUGUGCCUCCUUUCGGCGGAGAAA